CUCACUCGAUCACCUGAGCAAACCAAAACAAAGAUGGGGAAACUGCGAACCAGCAGCGCAUCAACUCCUACCUUUCUUUCUUUCUUUAUUCGGCGUAGAUAAGCAUAAACAGUAGACGAUAUUCCCUGUCGAGUCCAAAGAGUACACUCCUCCGCAGGAAAUUCAUUCCAAUAUUUUUAUUUCAGCCUCUUUUUUUUUUUUUUUCUUCCGAGAGUCUGCACACCGUUACGCAAUGUGAUUGUAGUAUUGCAGUGCUGUUGAGAAUCGGCGAUAAGCUGGCCCAGUAUGUGACGAAAGGAGAUCAUGCUUCAGGUGGCGAACCCAGCGGAACCAUCUCGAAACUUGUCUCGGGCAUGUGGUGACUCAUCGCGCCAAGCUGAUCGCCUUUGUUGACACCGUGCCAGUGCGUUUCCCGAUUUGCCACGAGCAGCGGAGCGUCGUCCCAGAACUCUGCGAGUCGUGGGCAGCUUUUGCCCGAGGUCUCCCGGGGCCCCGCUUCAUGGGAAGAUCUUCGGGAGAGGCUGAGAGGAAGAACGAGCGCUUGGCGACUUCAUGAAAGCUCCACGGUCCGUUGCCUCCUCCACCGCCAGCCAGUCUAGUCAGCACGUGCGUCUCUUGCCGCACCCGCCCACGCGCUCUGCGCGAGCCUCCUGCUCCGAACGACUCGCCUGCAGAGGACCCAAUCCCUGCGCCCGUGUGUUCUGCUCCGAGUGCGGCACCAACCAGUGCGAGGCGUGCGAGCUGCUGAUCCACGAGGAGCCGCGCUUCCGCCACCACCAGGACCGGAGUCUGCUGGAGCCUCCGGACCCCUUCCUGCUGUGCCAGGGGGCCCACUGCUCUGCGGAGAACCUCGCGGACCUCCGCUGCCAGACGUGCCAGCGGAGCCUGUGCUACGCCUGCGACCAGCGUGAGCAUCUAGUCAACCGGAAGCUAGCCCACACCAAGACGCGGUUCCAGCACUACCUUGAGCGCUUGCAGAGGGAGGAGGAGGAAGAGGAGGAAUACCUGUCUGCAGACGGCAGCUUCACGGAGGCGGCCAUGAUGUCCCUCCAGUUGAUGGGGCCGGACAUCCUUAGCGACGCACGCAGCCUGGAGGCCCAGGAGAACAGGAAGGCCCCACGGCCAUCCAGCUUCCUCCUGGUUGACGACAAGGAAGUGCUACAGGUGAGGAGCUGACGGCAGUCGUCCCCU